AUGCAGCGCCACGGCCCCACCUCCGUGCUGCUCCUGCUGCCACUGUCCCCGCUGCUGGCACUGCUGCUGGGCGCGGCCACUGCAGCUCCCUUGGCACCAAGACCUUCCAGGGAGGAGCUGACCCGCUGUCUGGCAGAGGUGGUCACAGAAGUGCUGACGCUGGGCCAGGCUCAGCGAGGACCCUGCAUGGCCCUCCUCCACAAAGAGAUGUAUGAGACAGAGCCCUACGGCUGUGUGGCCAGCGAGGAGAAAGGCCUGCUGGCUGGGGACGUCAAGAAGCCGGAGGCUGGGGAGACCAGGCCCAGCCAGGAGGUGAGGGACGAGGAAGAGGAGGAAGCAGCGGCGAGGACCCACAAGUCUGAGGUGCGGGAACAGGCCAUCCUAGAGCAGCUGCACAGCCGGCUCCGCCAGGAGGAGGAGGAGGAGGAGGAAAAGAAAAGGCCUGUGGAGACCUUGGAGGGCCUGUGGAAGCGGCCCCUGGAAGGAGGGGGCCUGCAGAAGCGGGUGGCAGAGAAGGCCAGCGACGAGGAGACAGCCCAGUUCGAGGCGGAGAAGGGCAUGCUGGGUGGGGGCCGCGGCCUAUGGCCGGGGGCUGAAGGGGGCAGAGGAGAAAGGCAUGAGGAUGUGCUGCACCCCGGUCACCUCCACCAGCCAGAGGCUGAGGCCAAGCUGGAGGAGAAGGAAGAGGCGUCUGAGAGGGAGGAGCAGGAUGUGGAGCGGCUGCGGCACAUGAGAGAUGAGCUGAAGAAGGCGACAGAGAUGCUGGGGCAGGAGCUCCGGCGGGAGGGCUGA